AUGCUUGAUGACGAUGGACAGUGGCCUCCGGAGGGAAUUUCUCUUCGCGAAGUCACGCUAUCUGCCUUCGCUGAGACGGGACAACCGGAAUCAUCGAUCAUCGUUCCAAAGCAACGGGCGUACACCGGUAGUGCGCCUGUGAUAUCAUCCCGCCUUGCCGAUACUCCCUGCGCUAUCCUCGGCAUUCAGGGCCUCUUGGAUCAACUGAACACGACACUCGGCACAUCACACACCCUGGACACUCCAUCCCUCUCCUCCCUUCUUGAAGACUGUAUCACAAACGACUACGACUUUGGCACAGCAUAUGGCCGCCUCCGCCCAAUAUAG